AUCAAAUUAACUAACUCAAACUAUCUCCCCAAAUUUUUUUCUAUCAAGUGGCCAAAUUUUGUAAUUAAAGUCGAAUCAUUAUACAUAAACGUUCUUCAAUCUUCAUCGCACAUCCAUUUGAGAACUGAGAGAGAAAGAGAUGGAAGGAAUGAGAGAAAUCGCGAGAUCCUACUACGAGAGGGCAAGCGAGGCCGAGAAAAAAUCGAUCAAACAAUCCUUCGCAAAACUCGACGUCGCCGGGGACAAGAAGAUAAGCCUGGCCGAGUUCAAGAAAUCGGUGGGCUCGUGGCUGUGCACGGAGGCAGUGUUCAAGAAGCUCGACGAGAACGGCGACGGAUGCCUCGAUUUCGACGAGUUUUUGUGCCUUCACUACAUGGAGAAGAAGGUGGACAUCGCCAGAUGCAGCGGCUGCUGGGAGCUUCUUGUAGGGCCCUACUUCUCUUGCUUGCUUUGCUUCGGAAGAGGCGCCGAUACGUACGACCUCUGCUGCGCUUGCUACCGCCGCGGCGGCUGUUUGUCGCAUGAACACUCGGUGCAGAACAUGAUGGAUCAUCACUCUCUCAUCAUGCUCUUCCGGAAUCGCACCGCUGCUGCUGAAAAAACUCAGAAUAAGAAAGAAAUGGAGGAACUGCGCGAAAUCGCAAAAGCCCAUUACCGAGCAGGCUCUCCUCAAGUCCAAACACUAGCCUACGAUUUCUACCGAUCCAUGGACUCGGACGGGGACGGCCGAGUCGACCUGUCCGAGUUCCUGGCCUUCAUGAGGCACCAAGGCUACCCCAACAUGCAAAACUCUAGUUUCUUCGACGAGCUCGACGUCGACGGCAACGGCACCCUCGACUUCUCCGAGGUCAUGACGUUGUACUACAUCAUCAAGAGCGGCCGCCCCUUCUGCGACUGCUGCACCAAAUUCAUCCCCGGAGUGUUCUUCUCCUGCGUCGAGUGCUUUAAGAAUCCCAGAAGCUCGUUCGAUCUGUGUCGGGAUUGCUACCGGGCGGGGAGGUGCGACCAUAAUCACGGCGGCCGGGCUCAGUUUUUGGACAAUCACACGUUGUUGCAGGCUAUGAGAGAUCCGGCGCUUGCACAGUCGUCGGGAGUAACAUUUCAUGGGGCAUGGAAUAGACCGACAAAUGCCAUAGUUCCACUGCAACAUGGUGGAAUCUACAUGAAUAAUUCGUACCCGACGCCGUACAAUUCAUACAUACAUCCCCAAAAUGCAAUUGUUCCAGCAUCAUCAAAUAUAAAUUGGGACAAAUGGAAGCUUGCACUUAAUGCAUUUGAAGUAGCACUCAGCAUUGGGAACGUUGCCGGCACUCUCUGCACUAUUUUGUGACCACGCGAGAGGCAAAUAAAUACCCCCUCAUCCCUCUACCAUAGAUGCGUUUCAUUUUUAGCAUUUGUUUUAAAAAAAUUAUAAUAAACAAUUAAAGUAGAGAAAAAGUAAAACAAGUAAGAGAAUAAUAUAAAGAAGACUCUUUUUUAUAUUUUUCUCUCUUACUUUAUUUUUUCUCUUCACUUUAACUAUUUAUUAUCAUUUUUUAAAAACGAGUGCUCAAAAUGAAACACCUCUACUACUGAGGGACGGUGGGAGUACAAAAUGAGAACUACUCGCCAUCUUCUUCGGCUACUAGCAUUUUGCUUUACUUUUUUCGAGAAAAUGUGCAUUUCCUGGUUCGAUAUUGUACAGUUGGAAGAAUUUUUAUUGGACUAUUUUUAUUAAUUAGUACUACUACUAUGUUUUUUCUUCCUAUUCA